AUGUAUUGCCCAGGAAGGCUGCUGUGUCUGCAGCAGCGGCAGACCCUACACAGGCACUUGACGCUGCUGCUGCAGCAGCAGGGGCUCCAGCAACAGCAGCAACGGCAGCAGCAGCAGCAGCAGCAGGCGCGUCUGCGCGCUUUUUAUGCUUCCUCUAGUGAUGGCACCAGCGACUGUACACACUACAGCAGCAAAUGCUGCUGCAGCAACACCAGCAGCACCGGCAGCUGCAGCAGCAGCAGCAGCAGCAGCUUGCCAUUGCUGUAUCGUUCAAGUUCGUUAGGCCUCUGCUUCGUGCAGCAGCAGCAGCAGCAGCAGCAACAGCAGCAGCUGCUGCUGCCGCAGCGCCAUUUGCUUUUACGAUCUGCUGCUUUUAGCAGCAAGCGCAGCAGCAAGAAGGACAACCGCAGCAACAAGAAGGGCAGCAGCAGCAGCAGCAGCAGCAGCAGCAAGAAGAAGAGCAGCAGCAGCAAGAAGAUACAGACUCGUCGUCAUAAACAUUCUGUCUUGCUGCCUACCAGCAGCAGCAGCAGCAGCAGCAGCAGCAGCAGUAGCAGCAGCAGCAGCAGCAGCAGCAGUAGUAGUGUUGAUGUACCCUUUAUGGUGCUGCUAGCAUUAGCAUCUCGUGCUGCUGCUGCUGCAGCAGCAAGUUUGCUGCCGCGCUGCAAUCCUCAAGAUUUAUCUUUGCUGCUGCAUGCACAGACCCGCAUAUUUGCGGUGUAUGUGCAGCACGAGCAGCAGGUGCUGCUGCUGCUAGACAGGGAGAGGAAGAAGCAGCAACAGCUAGAGCAACAGCAGCAGCUAGAGCAGCAGCAGAAAGAGGAAGCACAGAGACGACGCAGCAGCAGCAGCAGCAGCAGCAAGCGAAAUAAUCAGCUGCAGCAACUAACAGAGGAGCAGCAGCAGGAGCAGCAGGAGCAGCAGCGUCUGCUGCAGCAGCAGCAAAAAAGAAAAGAGGAGGAGCAGCUGCUGCUGGAGGGACUCCAUGGACAAGUAGGACAAUUAGAUAAGGAUAUAUUAGCUGCUGCUGCUGCCUAUCCUGCUGCUGCGCUGCUGCUGCUGCAGCAGCUAGCUGACGAGGUACCCCAUAAGCUUCGUUACUUUGAGCCGCAGCAGCUUUGCUGCUGCAGCAGCAGCUACGUGCUGCUGCUGCGGUCUUUGCUGCCACGUGCUGCAGCAGCACCUAUACUAUUUGCUGCACCUAAUGCUGCAGCAGAUAUAACUAAACCUCCUGCUGCUGCUGCUGUCCCUGCUGCUGCAUGCAUGCGUCGCUCCCUCCCGCUGCUGCUGCACGACCUGCAGCAGCAUACACUAGAGUUGCUGCCUAUAUUAGAUGGCCGUGCUGUUACAUCCUUAAUGCAGUCUUUUGCUGCUGCAGCUAACCUCAUCAGCAGCAGCAACAGCAACAGCAGCAACAGCAGCAGCAGCAGCAGCAGAUUGUUUAAUCGGGUUAUGGUGGCACUAGCAGACCGCGCGCUGCUGCUGCAGCAGAAAUAUAAAUUGACGCAGCAGCAGCAGCUGCUUGUUGCGCAUGCACUAGCUACAGCAGAGAUUAAUCAUCCCCAGGCGCUGCAGAUUGCUGCUGCUGCUGCUGCUGCAGCAGCAGAGCAAGAAAGGGACAGCAGCAGCUAUGACUACAGCGACGACGACGAUGAAUUUGGAAGCAGCAGCAGCAGCAGCAGCAGCAACAGCAGCAAGAACAGCAGCAGCAUAUGCUUGCGCUUGCUGCUAUCUACAUGCGUACGCAGCGGCGCCAGCUGCCCCUCCGCGCUGCUGCUGCAGUGUGAGCAGCAAGCACUGAAGAUGUGGCAGCAGCAGCAGCAGCAAGACCAGCAGCAGCAGCAGCAGCAGCAGCAGCAGCAUGAGGACCUCAGCAGGGACCGUGUGCUAGUUAUAGCUAAGGCACUACAGCUGCUGUAUAGGGCCCCACACUGCAGCAAUAAAUUUGCUGCUGCUGUUGCUGCGCAGCUCCAGCGGCUGCUGCAGCAACUGCAGCAGCAGCAACAACAAGCCAUCAGCAGCAGCAACAGCAGCAAGAACAGCAGCAGCAACGCGCUUGCCUACUUAAGCCCGCAGUUGCUGAGGGUUAUGACGCGAGCUGUAUGUACACUGCAGCAACGCUUCCUCCAACCGACAGUGCAGCAGCAGCAGCAGCAGCAGCAGCAGGCGGAAGCUAGUGCUGCUAUUGCUGCUGCUGGGGACACAGGUAGAGCAGAACCGGCGGAGACAACCGCAGCAGCAGCACCGACACAAACGACAGCAGCAGAAGCAGCAGCAGCAGCAGCAGCAGCAACUGCAGCUGAAAAUGCUACAACAGCAGCUGCAGCACCAGCGCAAGCUGCAGAUGCAGCAGUAGCAAGUGCUACUAGUGCAGCAGAAGCACCGGCACCAGCAGCAGCAGCAGCAGUAGCAACAGUAGCAGGACCAGCAGCAGCAGCAGCAGCAGCGGAUGAGAUGGCGCUGCUUGUAGCAGAACUAUCUAAUUCUGUGGUGCAGCAGCAGCUGCGGUGUAUAGGCAGCUGUACAACGGAGGAUUGUUUGCUGCUGCUGCUGCCUGUAGUGCAGCAGCAGCAGCAGCUACGUGCAGCAACAGCAGCAAACCCCACACUUUCGUUGCGCAGUGGAUGGACGCAUCAGCAGCAGCAACUGCUGCUGCUAAGGCACAAACUAUUUGCUGCUGCUGCUGCUGUUGUUGGCAAAGCGCAGCCGCUGCAGGUCGCCACCAUUGCGAAGGCCCUUGCUGCUGAAGCAGCAAAGCAACAGCAGCAGCAGCAGCAGCAGCAGGAAGUGCGGCAGCAGCUGCUGCGACGUGUGCUGCGCCGCAUGCGCAGCAGCAUACCCCAGCAGCAGCAAGAAGAGUGCCUCGCUACUAAGGCAGCACUGCAGCAGCUGUUGGAGAGUGACUUGCUGCAGCAGCCAAGCAGCAGCAGCAGCAGCAGCAGCAGCAGUGGCAGUGGUGCUGCUGCUGUUGCGCCGCCAAAAGAUUUAAGGGUUUAUCAUGCGCUGCUGCAUGCAGUUAAUCUCCGUCUUGGGCAGCUGGCUGCUGAGCAGCAGCAGCAGCAGCAGCAGCAGCAGCAGCAGCAGCAGCAGCAAGGGGAGGAGAUAUUUGAAGCAUUUAAGGAUGUGUCUCCUCUCUCUCCUGCCUAUGCAAUACAGAAGAUGAGGCAGCAGCAGCUGCUGCCAACAGAAGAAGAACUGCAGCAGCAGCAGCAGCAGCAGCAGCAGCAGCAGCAGCAGCAAAAGCCAUUUAGAGACUCCUUAGAGGAGCUUGCUGCACGAACAGAUUUGCGGCUGCAGCAGCUGCAAGAGCAGUACCAGCUGCAGGCUGCAGAGACACUUCAGAGCAGCAGCAGCAGCAACAGCAGCAGCAGCAGCAAGAACAGCAGCAGCAGAGGUGCAUCGGUAGCUGACCUACUGGAGGAGUACGAUCCUAUUGUGCAGCAGCUUGAGAGCAGUCCAGCAGCAGCUGAUGUACUGCAGCAGCAGCAGCAGCAGCAGCAGUCCGAAGCAGCAGCAGCAGCGGCAGCAGCAAAACCGCAAGUUGGUAGGCAUCUACGUGGCAGGAGACGCAGCAGAGUUGCAGCGCAGCAGCAGCAGCAGCAGCAGGAGCAGCAGCAGGAGGCUGAUUCUUUCUCGUCGCUGCCUCCUGAAGCAGCAGCAGCAGCAGGACAAGCAAAAGGAUCCCGAGAAGCAGCAGCAGCAUCAGCACGAGCAGCAGCAGCAGCAGCAGCAGCAGCACGAGCAGCAGCAGCAGCAGAACUAAUAGGAGAUAAUCGUCUAAUAAUAAGGAGCGAAUUGCUGCAGCAAAAGUUGCUGCAAAAAGGAGACACUUUGCAUGAUCUAUCCUUUAUUGACAUAGACAAACACCAUUAG